UCCUCUCUUUCUUUAGUUUCGGCCACAUUUUUCAUUUUUGCCAAUAUUAUUAUCCCCGAAUAAUGCAUUAAUUUCUCUCAUUGUUUUGUGGCCAGACCCCACCACAAUGACUACCUUUUUCUGAUGAAUUCUAGCCUUUACGUGUUUGAGAAUUCAUUCUGGACUGUAUAGUCUCCAGUGAAAUGGGUUUCUUCAAGGUGUCAUUUGUGGUUUUGGUUUAUUUGGUCUUUUCAGUUUUGUGUUUCAAAGGGAAUUGUGAUGGUUCAGAGUUCUCAGUGAAGUUCUUAAAGGCUCCUCGUGCAUUUUCUCACCUGAAUUCAGCCAAAUUUGUCUUUGAAGUCCUGGAAGCUGGCAAUGGCACUUGCUCAGACUGUAGCAUCUCUUGCAAGCUGGAUUAUGGCUCUGCUUCAGACUGUGGAGCUAGAAGGAUUUUGUACUCAGGCUUGCAGGACGGAAACCACUCAUUUGUGGUCUGCAUCAAUGGCUUUAAAGGAGCUAGCUGCAGUAGCUAUAAUUGGACUGUUGACACGGUCCCUCCCACAGCAUAUGUAACCUCAUCUAUGCCUUUCACAAAUGCUCUAAAUGUUUCUGUAAAUAUUUCUUUCACUGAAUCUUGUUCUGGUGGAGGAGGUUUCAGAUGUUCAUCUGUAAAUGAUUGCAAUUUGCUUGUUUAUGGUGCUGGCAAAGUUGUACCAUCAUCACUCAUCAUUCUGGAGCCAAACCUCAAGUAUUCGCUUUUUGUGGGCAUAUCAUCUGCUAGUCAGUAUGGACGAUUGGUAUUGGUAAUGGAUAGGAAUUUUUGUACUGAUGCUGCUGGGAACACUUUUACUCGAUCAGCAAAUUCAAGUUUCUACGUGCAUUUUGAUAGAAGAAGUGUAUAUGUUAACCUGAGGGCUCAUGCUCCUGAGAAAUUGCUUCAACUAAACAGCGAAAUUAGAACAGUGCAGGCAACUAAUAAUUAUGAUAACCUAAAGGUGUACCUAUACUUCUCAGCGCCUAUUCUCAAUUCAUCAGCAGAGAUUCUAAGUUCUCUGAACAUAAGUCAGGGUACACUUCUUCCUAUUAGUGGAGAACAUCAUGGGAAUCGCAGAUUCGGCUUUCUGGUUGCUAAUAUAUCUAAUAUUGCUAUAAUAACAAUAAGCCUCAAUCCAAACUCUACAAUAAGCAGACAGGGGACUCUGGUUUCUCCAGUUGCACCAGUUACUUUCCUUUAUGAUUCUCAGAGGACUGCAGUGAGAUUAAGCACAACAUCUCAUAUGAGGACAAGAGAAUACGAUAUCCCAAUUUCGAUAAAGUUCAUGGAGCCUGUUUUUGGUUUUAAUUCAUCUUUGAUAUCCAUCUCAGGAGGGCGUCUGCAGAGCUUCCAUGAAAUUAGUAGAAGCAUAUAUGCUGCAGAAAUACGAGCAGAUGAUGAUGUUGUUUCUGUCAGUGUCCCUGAAAAUGUAACCGGGGAUGUUGCAGGAAAUAAAAAUUUGGCAUCUAAUGUUCUUCGAGUGAGACACUAUACUAUACCUCUAAUUUCUUCUGUGAUUUCCGUCUUUGCAACUGCUGCUUUUUUGUUGACUUGUUUUACUGCGGGGCUUCUCACCAUGUCAACUGCAAGCCUUCAAUCUGUCGGGGCAUUUUCAAGACCAUCUUCAUCUUUGUCAUCUGACCCUGCAAGGAUUCUUUUUAGAAGCGCAUGCCACAUUCAGGUUUUUGCGCUGUCUAGGUGGUUAGCAGUAAUCUUGCCAGUGGAGUAUUAUGAAUUUGCAAGGAGGUUAGAGUGGAGCAUUCCUUAUUUUAGUCUCCCAUGGGAAACUGGGCAUGAUCAACCACUCAUGAUGGGUUUGAGCCCCAGCGACAGUUCAAAUUCUUUCCUUUCCCGAGCAUAUGAUAGGGAAAUCUCCCAUAGUGUUCAACCAAAAGAAGUGAACUUCAAAAUAGCUGCUGCAGUAUAUGGUUCACCACUUACUCCAAUAGAGUACAGAUCAUUUUUUGAGAGCCAAAGCAUUAAACCACAAGCAGAAUAUAUUUUGGAUAAGCUCCAUUCAAGUGGGUGGAGGGACUUUGAUAGAAGCUUGUUCUGGUUAGCAGUUAUUGGUGGCAGUUUGAUACUGUUGCAUGCUUUUCUCUUUUUCAUUCUCAAGUUCAAGAAGAGAGAUUCUGAAAAGAAGGGGAGUUAUGGAGCACUCAUAUUUCCCAGAUUUGAGAUAUUUCUCGUAAUUCUUGCACUACCUUGUAUCUGCCAGGCUUCUGCUGCUCUAGUUGGAGGUGGAACGCCAUCAGGAGUUGUAGUUGGCAUUAUGGUGCUGGGUGUUGUGGCUUUCGUACUGCUGUCAUUGCUGUUGUUCCUAUCUGUUGGAAUUACAGUUGGAAAGCUGCUUCAAUACAAGGAAGUCCAUCGAGAAGGCCAGCAGUUUCACUGGUAUCAAGAUAUCAUCCGAAUGACUCUUGGUCCUGGUAAAAGAGGCCAGUGGACUUGGAAAAAUGAAGCUAACUCUGUUUACCUAACCAUGUUAGGCCCUUUAUUCGAAGAUUUAAGAGGUCCUCCAAAAUAUAUAGUCUCACAGAUAUCUGGUGGUGGCAAUCCCAGCAGGCAAGGUGACCGUAUCAUUGCUUCAGAUGAUGAAACAGAGGAUGCUGAAGCACCUUUUAUUCAGAAAUUGUUUGGAAUACUGAGAAUAUACUACACAAUGUUAGAAUCUGUGAAAAGAGUUUCACUUGGAGUUUUGGCUGGUGCCUUCUUGAAUAACUGGUCAUCUAAGACUCCAUUAAUUAUCUUGCUGUGCAUUACCUCUUUUCAGCUAUUCUUCCUUGUUCUUAAGAAGCCUUUCAUUAAGAAAAAGGUACAGUUGGUUGAAAUCAUCUCUCUUUCCUGUGAAGUGGCCCUGUUUGCUACUUGUGUUGUUCUAUUGGGGAAGGAAUUUUCAGCUGGGGAUGAGACUAAAAUUGGGAUCUUCAUGCUUAUGUUAUUCCUAUUUGGAUUCUUGUCACAGAUGAUUACAGAAUGGUAUGCUUUGUAUGAACAAACAAAGCAACUAGACGCUGCUGAAAACUCUUCCUUGAGAGGUUUAAAAAUAGCUUCAAUUGGAUUUCUCCUGUAUUUCAUCCCUCAGAAAUUGAUGAAAAGCAAAUUCCCAGUAUUUGGAUGUGGAGGUGAAGACACAGUGGAUACAGGUUUUGCUUCCGAGAGGAACAGGAGUACUUCUGGGAGCAGGAGCUCUAGCACAACGGAGAAACCAUGGCCAAAACAACUAAGGGAAAUGGCAAAGGCUAGCUUUAGUAAAGCUGGAAGCAAAGUUCCAAGUGAUCCUUCAAGCAGCCGAACCAAAUGGAGUGGGUUUUGGGGGACAAAAAGGAGUGGGAGCUCUCCUGUAAGUUCCUCUUCCGAUUUCAAGUCAAAGUCAAAAGGGUUGUACAAAGACUUAGAAGCCAUUUUUGCGUCCAACUGAGGCCUACACAUCCCAAAAAAUGUAUCAAGGCUUGAGUUUAUGCAGAGUGUCUAACCUUAAGCAGCGGAAUGUAUAGCUGAGACAACCACCUCUUGAAACUCAAAAAGCGUGCCAUUUUUCCGAUUCUAGCUUUAUAGGAAUAAUAUCAUGUUCAUGGCUCCUUGUGGCUUGUGCCGAGACACAAAACCCAAUUGUUUAGCUUUGUCAGUACUGGAUAUUGAAGUUCAAGUAAUCUAAUUUCUAUUGAUUGAUAUAACGUUUUGCAAUUGCUUAUGCUCUCCUUUUUUCAAAUAAACAUUCAAUAUGGUAACAAAAGCAAUGUGGUCAGGUGGCGACGCCAUAUGCUUCCACCAGUGGUUCAUAUUAAUGGACCUUGAGACACCUGGACUACUGCAUUGGGCCUUCACUGCUACACGUUUUAAACACCAGGAAACUAAACAUAUAGCUAAGUGAUUGGGUGUUGCAUUCAAGCAAAAAGACCAUAGAGAAAAAGAAAAUAUUCUAAAAAUGGCACUAAAGAAGGUCGAGGAGAUUGUUUUCUCCAAUCCUGUUAUUGUCUUCAGGUACUUCUUGUUUUUGCCUUCAAAAGGAAAAAAUGACUAAAAAACUGGAUGGAAAAUCAAAUUUGACCAUUAUGUUUUUGUGAGAGUUUAAUGCAAAAUUUUCAUUAUUAUUGAUCUUAUUUAAUUUUUGCAGUAAAACAUUCUGUGGUUAUAUGGUUAUACCAAGUGGGGUGAAGCACUUAUUCAAAGAUAAUAUUUCAAAUUUACUCUAUCUUGCCAA